AUGGAAAAGGCCGGAAGCAUUUUGCACAACAACGGGGAGAGGAUGUACUUCGACUACCUCGAUGGCAAGCAAAGCCGCCCGUUUGUGGAGGUAUGUUUCAAGUAUCGGUCUCUGGCCAAAAAGAAGUUCGUCGAUGAGAACCUGCAAGCCGGAGUGAACCCCCCUGAAGCUGACAUUCGGAUCAAGAAGGAGCUUAUUGAGGAAGACGUCCAGGUCAAAGAGGAGCCUGUCGAUGAAAAUAUGCAUGGCAGACCAGAGCGUGCGGAACACGACAUUCGCGUCAAAAAGGUGCCUGUUGAAGAAGACGCGCACAUCUACAAGGCACCUGCUGAUGACGGCCUGCGUUCCGCGGAGGAAGAGGCAGACACACUGGAUGUUAUCCCCAGACGUUCUACGCGCAUAGCUGAAGGACGUAAAUGA